AUGGACGAACAGCGGGAAUCUCGGGCCCAUGAGAACGAACCCGUUGAGAACUCAGAGAAGCUCACUGAAGAACAUCCAAAUCGCAACAUCCCCAUUAUCACAGUUGACGAUCCUGAUCAAAACCGAGUCAUCAAGGAAGAAUCAUCAAGCACUGAAACCGAAAUGUCAUCUUCCCACCGCUCCUCACACCACUCCAGUUCUUCCUCGAAGGGGAAACACUCUUCCUCCUCCAAAUCCAAGUCACCCAAAAAGGAUGACUGGUCAGAUAUCACAGACCCUGAAGAGAGAAGACGUGUUCAAAAUAGAAUUGCACAGAGAAAAUUCCGAGACAAGACAAAAGAUGCCAAAGAGCGCCAGGAGCGCGACGCCGACAACCAAGCUCACGCAGGGCACUCAUACAAUACACCAGACCCUGACGAAAUGGGUGGAAAUGACGAGCUGUCCGGGCUUCCCUGGGGAUCACUUUCCUUGAAACAUGUGGUAUCGAAGGGCAGAGCCAAAGAAUCAGAAUCCCGCAGAGGCUCCCGAAGAGACGAAGAACGGAGGAGUCCCUAUGAAUCUCAGUACGGCGCACAAGAGCCGGCUUAUGAAGACAGAGACGCGUACUACGAGGCAGAUCCAGAACAUCACGAGGAGGGCGAUCGAGCAUAUUAUGACUAUGGUUCCAAUAGUGGAAGUUACGGGGGCAGCUCUCACUAG